GGUGCUUAACCUCACUCUGAUGCCCAAUAGGACUAGGAAACCAGGUAUAUUUUACGUUAUACUUCACAAAAGGCUUGCUUUGUACUAUGCCAAAACGUGCGACGCCAUCACAUUUUGGGGGCGUGCGUGAUAGUAGCAGGUAUACUCGAGGUGUUCUUGAGGAAGAGGUUAUUCGUACGGCGAAACGAAGUAAAAUGAUGCACCAUAAGAAUGAAAUCUCUGCCGGCUUUCCUGAUCAACAUGAUCAACUUACAAACACCAAAGUCAUCAUGGCAAUACAACGGAGGAGCUCCUCCGCAGGUGUGAUGGUCGAUCAUUUUCUUCGAGGUUUGCCGUGCUCUUGGAAGGAGCCAUUUCCAUUUGGCUACUUGGUUGUAAUUCCACAUUUCUUUAAUGAUCAUUUUUCUCGUAUCACAGCUCAACAAAGACCGGAGGGUUCGACAGUUCGAAUGACUUCGCGCGGCUCUUCCGUCAGCUAUAAGUUUCUGGCAGCGGCGGUAGCGCACGCACGUAGGGAAAUAGGCGCCGUCGACACUGUACCUCCUUAUGCUUCGCUUGUGGUGGCGUUUGCUGUACGAGAUGCAGGGCACGCUGAGCAAGGUAGCAUCCAGAAAGAAUCUAAAACUACUUUUAAACAAGACUAUUGGAGGUUUUGCGGGGCAAAACAGCGAGCACGCUGUCUGGUGAUGGGGCUUUGUAUUGCCACGGAGCAGGAUCAAGCCUACCAUGUGCAAAAAAGCCAUCAUCCCGCAUUAACGCUUGGAAUGCUUUCCAGUGUUUCUAACCGUGAUGCGUAUUUUAUGGGAGAUGAGUGUGUUAGUGGAGCGUUGUUUUGUGGAAUCAACUUUCUUUGGGUUGCGCAGCCUUUUCGUGGGCACGGCGUUGCGUUUUGGUUGGUUGAGGCAGCUAGAAAACACCUUUCAUACGGAAACGUCAUUCCACGUGAGUAUGUGGCAUUUUUCGAGCCGACCGCUUCGGGAGCGGCAUUUGCGCAGCGUUAUUCAGGACGUUCAGAUUUUCUCGGCUUCACAAGUGAAGAACUCUCAUGAAAUCUACCAAUAAACAAAA